UUUGUAGAGCUUCAGUUUUGUGUUGAUUUCACAACUAGAGUUACUCAUUUAUUUGGCUUACAGAAACAUCAGAAACUAUUUAAAAAAAAAAAAAUUGGAAAUUUUGAAAUCAAAAAACCCAACCCAAUAAGACUAAAUAAUAUUCGGAGAUUCGAAUCUCCAAGAUCUAAAAUAAGUACAAUAAGAUGGCAAAGGCUAAGAUAACCCAGUGGAUUAAACAGGUUCGUGAUGCUGGUCGUUCUUUUGGAAUCGGUGAUGUGACAACUCUACGUGAUCCAUCCAAAUGGGGUUUUCCCUGGUUCCAGUCCAGAAAUCGCUAUUUACCUUGGUCUGGUGACAACCAGACUGCCAAUAAUCCGAAUCCGAAGACUGACAAUGCUGGAGGAGGUGCCGUUGAGGAGAAGGAUCCGUCUGGACCGGAGAAUACUAUUGAAAUUAAUACCAAGGACCCGCAGUCCUUGAAGAUGAUUAAAAACGAAAAGUCCUUGGGAUAUUUCGGACGUUCAUUCUACUGGCGGCGCAUCCUUCAGAAAUAAUAUCGAUAUUAUCGAUAAAUUGUUUUUAGAGCCAAUCGGACCGCUCAACUGUUCAAGUUCUCAGUUAAAAAUUUCGUUUUCCUGUUUUGUUUGACAAAAAAAAAAUACUACUUAGGAUAGUCAAGAUGCGUAGCUAACCGAUGGUAUUAACCCCUCGAGUCGGUGAAAGCUUGCUUUAAAUUUUUGCAAUAAUAUCCAAAUUUCGUAUAUAAUUGGACCAAUAUCCGUGAAGGCGCUAUCUUUCUAAAUGGAAUUGUCUAAUCGAUUUUACAUUUUCAUAUUUUUCAUAAUAUAG